GAGAGGUGACGUUGUCAGCGAACGAGCGGGCUUGGCGUGAAAUGAAAUUACCUCGCAUUCCAUGCUAAAAGCGCUUUCCUUGAUGCGGGCGGCUUUUAUUUGCACCUGAGCACGUCGUUAGCGCAUGUAUCAUAUCAUGAACAUGCACGUGUACGCAUUUCUCUUUUGUCAUACCGCUGAGAGUCCACUCGUCGAAGCCGGGAGGAGCGUUUAUAGCAGUUGCAUUUGCAUUCUCGACGAAUACCUCGCUGAUGAUGUUCACGGUGAAUCCUUGGCCGUUCUAUGCCAUAUGUAUUGCCAGUCUACAGGCCUACAAACGCACAAACAGAAAGAUAGUCCAAUCAAGCACCGACAUGGACGUCCGAAGGAAAGCUAGGAGCAUCGUAUUCAGCAUGACCUCGAGUCAAAACAUUGAGGAUGUUGUUCUCUUCCUUAAGAGGCAGCUACAGCGGGCACAGGAGCGUGAAUUCCAGAAGGCCCCAGAGUACAGACAGCUUCUGAUCCAGCUGAUCCACGCAUUAGCGGUCAAGUUUUCAGAGGUAGCUGCCAGCGUUGUCCACGCACUGAUGCAAUUCCUCGGAGACUUGAACAAUCCCUCAGUGCUGGACGUCGUUGCCUUCAUCUGUGGUAGAGAAGUUCCCACACCUCCGGCAGUCCAUAUGCGACAAGCUCACUCAGAGAUCAAAUCUGGCAAAGCUUUCCGCGGCGUCCUCUGGAUUCUGGGCGAGUAUGUCGAAAGUCUGUCAGACAUCCAAGCCACAUUCCAGGACAUCUGCAAAGUGUUUGGUGAGAUCCCGAUUUUUGCGAGCGAGCAGCGGUUAUUGGAUGAGGCUGGUGGAGAGGAGGAUAAGAAGGAGGAUAAGGUUGAGGGGAGUGGGCGGCCAAAUGUGCUUGCUGACGGGACAUAUGCGACGGUGACGGCAUACACCAGCGCCGACUCAGCAAGAUUAGAGGUUGUCAAGGCUGCGUCCAAGCCGCCAUUGAGAGGUUCAGUAUUCGCCUCGGCAUUGAUGAAGCUGGCGUUGCAGUUUGAUGACCUUACAGAUGAUUGGUUAAAGGCCAACGCUCUCCGUGCUGAGUUCAUGUUGAUCAUGAUGUCCAUUAUCCAUGUCGGGCCAGUCGAAUUUUACCCACGCGAGUUCCAGGAAAAGUCCAUUGUCCACGAUAUCUUCUUGAAAGACACGAAAGCAGCAUACUCCAAGAUGCUCGUUGCUCAGGAGGUGCACAAAAAGGCAGCGGAGAAGAAAGAGUCGGAAAGCACGAAGAAACAUGUCGUGCAAGUCGAUGACUUGCUUACUUUCAGGCAGUUCUUGAAGAAAUCGGCAGAUGAUCUCAUCGAUUACUUUGAGGACCUGGGCAAGGCAACGGGGGCUGCUGAAGUCCAGGAAGACUUCAUAUACAACCUCGGUCGCAUACCCCAGCUCACAGGUUUUUCGGACCCCACAUAUGUGGAGGCAUACGUCAAAAUGCAUGGAUUCGAUAUUAUGACGUGCUUUCUGGUCAACCAGGCGCCUAAUACGCUACAGAAUAUUUGUCUUGAUAUCCCAAUACUCGGUGACCUCAAACUGGUUGAACGACCUGCUGUAUAUACCAUAGCGCCCCGCGGUUUCCAGAGUAUCAAGGCCACAAUUAAGCCUGUAGUGAGCAGCAAGGUAGACGUAUUGCAGUCGAUUCUCCCGGGUGACUCGGACAUUGCUGCCGCCGUCUGGGAUGAGGUCCACAGCUUUGGCGACUCCAAACUCUGCCGUUAUCCCGCAUCAGAAAAACUAUAA